AUGGCCCCCUACACCCCCGCCUCCUCGCGCCCCCAUACCCCCCUGGGCCUCUCCCCCAGAGGAUCGUACACCAACCUCGCCAGCGCUGCGUACGAGGCCUCCACGCCUUCCGGGCUCGUGUCGCCCGGGGGCAACGCGCUCGGCGCGAUCAACGACGAAAAAGACAGGAUGAGGGCCGAGAGGGAGGUGCAAGAGGCUUUGCAAAAAGCGCAGGAUGAGGAGGAGAAGGCCAAGAAGCAGGAGGCUCCUGCUCCUGCGGGCUCGCCGGUGCUUCCUAUAUUGGCUUACUGCAUGGCGUCCAUCAUGAUGACCGUUGUCAACAAGUUUGUCGUGUCUGGCAGGCAAUUCAACAUGACGUUCCUUCUCCUAGCCAUUCAGUCCUUCGUAUGCGUUGCCUGUGUCUGGGUAGCUAAGCGGAUUGGCAUGAUCACUUUCCGUGAUUGGGAUAUCACCGAUGCUAAGGCUUGGUUCCCCGUCUCUUCACUUCUGGUCGCUGUCAUAUACACUGGAAGUAAAUCCCUCCAAUUCCUUUCUAUCCCCGUCUACACUAUCUUCAAGAACCUCACUAUCAUCCUCAUCGCCUACGGCGAGGUCCUCUGGUUCGGAGGUAAUGUCACCCCCUUGACCCUCGUCUCAUUCUUCCUCAUGGUCGGCUCUUCCGUCAUCGCCGCCUGGUCUGACAUUUCGUCCACUCUUGCUCGUAUAUCGGCUGGUAUGGCCGUGGUGGACCCCACGAGCGGUGCCGAUGUGCCUUUGAUCGCGCAGGCGGGUCUCGGCGGGUUCAACGUGGGAUACGCUUGGAUGGCCAUCAACUGUGCUGCUUCUGCCGCCUACGUCCUCUUCAUGAGGAAGCGAAUCAAGGUCACUGGCUUCAAGGACUGGGACUCCAUGUUCUACAACAACCUGUUGUCUAUCCCCGUCCUCUUCAUCGCCUCUCUUGUCGUCGAAGACUGGUCAGCUGCUUCCUUCUCCCGCAACUUCCCUAUCGAAGGCAGGACCUUCCUCCUCUCCGCCAUUGCCUUCUCCGGCGCUGCCGCCGUGUUCAUCUCCUACUCCACCGCCUGGUGUGUCCGUAUCACGGGAUCCACCACCUACUCCAUGGUCGGCGCUCUCAACAAACUCCCCGUUGCCGCGAGUGGUAUCCUCUUCUUUGGCGACCCCGCUUCAUUCGGCAACUGUGCCGCCAUCGCUGUUGGAGGAGUCGCGGGACUUGUGUAUGCCGUGGCCAAGAUCAAUCAGGGCAAGGAGAAGGAGAGGGAGAAGAACGGGAGGAAGGGAGACAGCAAGGUGUAA